AUGGAAGAUAAAGGAGUUUUCAAACGUUUAGUAGAAGUUGGAAGAGUAGUCUUCAUUAACCAUGGUAAAGAUUCUGGUAAACUCGCGGUCAUUGUUGAUAUAAUUGAUCACAAUAGGGCACUUAUUGAUGGACCAAUUACUGGAGUUGCACGUCAUGUACAUCCAUAUCGUCGUCUUGUGCUCACAGACUUUGUAAUAAAAUGUUUUCCAAGAGGUGGUGGUUCAACUGUAGUAAAGAAACAUUUUGAAAAAGAAAAAAUUUUGGAAAAAUGGAACAAAACAUCAUGGGCCAAGAAAUUGGAUAGUCGUGAUAGGAGAGCAAAAUUGUCCGAUUUUGAUAGACAUAAAUUAUUGAAAUUAAAGAAACAGUCUCAAGAGAACAUUACCACCGAAGAACAAGCUACUGAAAAUUCUGAAGAAACAAAUUCCAAUACUAGAAUUGAGUAUGACUACGAAGCUCGCGAAGACGAUGAAUUGUCGCUUGAAAAAGGAGGAAUUAUAACUGUUAUUGAACAAGGUGAAGGUGGUUGGUGGAAAGGUGAUUUGAAUGGAAAAACUGGUAUAUUCCCCGAAAACCAUGUCAAAUUGAUCGAAGUUACCGAUCAAUCAAAUGAUGUAAAUGACGGUGAACAAUCCGAGGGCAAAGGGAAAUUUACAAAAAAACUAGCAAUUUAUGGUGUAAAACAAGGCGGGAUUGGUAGUUUGUUUUCUGGUGGAAUUCCAACUUUGGGUAAAAAGAAACGCAGUCAACAACCAUCAGAUUCUAGUGCUGAAUCAAACGACAACAACGAAGGAAAGCAACAUCAUGAAACAACUCCUGUACCAUCAAAGAAAACAACAACUCGUCGAACCACAAGUUCUGAUGAUUCCGAUUCUCAUCCCAAAGUAGGUAAUUUACCAUCCCCACCUAAACCAGAAGAAAUCGUAACAAAGCCAGCAUCUUCGCUGCCCCCAUUACCCAAAAAAUUACCACCAAAACCCAAAAAAACUGAAUUAAAAGCUAAAGUGUUGUAUGACUAUGAUGUUGAGGGCGAAGAUGAGAUUGCGUUAGUUGCUGGCACAACCAUUAUAAUUUUGGAUAAGACCGAUGAUGUCACUGAAAAAGUAAAUGAACCAGAAUUGGAAAACAAGACCACUUCUGACGAGCAGCAAGCUUCCUCUGUUUCUAGUAAGAGUAAAAGGCCGGCCUCUCUUCAUUCACAAUCUUCAGAAGUGCCAAAUUCAAAACAAGCCUGGAAUUAUGAAGAUUCACCGACAUUACCUAAAUCUCCACCUCCACCUAUUACUGCUUCAACAACAACAAAAAAAAAUUCAAUUCACGAAUCUCCUUCUCCGACGUCGACAUCCACAGUACCAUCACCAAUUACAUCUCCACCCGGUAAACCAAAGUCACCAUCGUCUCCAGUAACACGUAAACCUUCAAAAGUGACCCCAAAAGAAAAAAAAGUCAAUGAUGAUAACAACAAUGUUGCUAUUGUUCAAGAAACAAAAUCAUCAUCAUCUCCUCCUCUUUCGGCCUCAGAUAUAAUCACUGAUUAUGAAAAUUCAAGUGAUAAUGAAAUUGCGACUUCACCAAUCGAGCGACACCCAAUAGCACCACCUAGAGUACCAUCAAGGCCUACAUCACAAAUUGAUGUUAAAUCAGAUACAAACAAAUCCGCAAUUAAAUCACGCGAAGUUAGUGUUGAGACGUUAUCCUCACCAAAAGAAACUUCAAACGUUGGAUCGCCAUUACAAGAAAUCAGUAAUCAAGAAUUAAGUGAAACUCAUUCAACCAAUAUACAAGAUGAAUCCAAUAUUGGAAACGACAAAUCAGAUGAAGAAAUUGAAAAUGUUGUUAAAAAAGAAACAAAUAUUGAACAAGAGAUUUCAGAAGAAGAGGAAAUAAAAGUAAAAAAACCAUUGGCAGUGCCACCAAUUACUAAGCUUUCAAGUCUGGGAAAAGAUAGACCAGCUAUAAGAGGUAGAAGAAUCCCCACUAACAAGAGUUCUAAAGAUAGUUCUGGUCCAAGCCAGAAUGCUUUAUUGGAGGAAGCAUUAGCAUCUGAAAAGAAUGAAGAAGAAUCAAAACCAUCGCCUCCACCAUUGCCUUAUAAACCUGAAAGACCGGUGAAACCAAAUAUGUUUAAAUUACCAAUUGCAGGGGCUGGAUUACCCGCUGUACAACUUAGACAAACCCCAAGAAGACCUGUUGAGCCACCGAUAGAAUCCUCAUUAAAGAAAUUGUUUAAUGAGGAGAUAGCUAAACUUAAAAGUGAUUUCGAAACGAAAUUGGCUCAAGAGAGAAUUAAAAGAGAAGAGCUUGAAGAAAAAGUCCAAGAAUUAUUGUACAAACUUGAAGGAUAA